AGUGAGCAUUGCUUUUUAGACAAAUUCCACAAAGAAGUGAUUAGCAAAUUCAUUAGAGUUUGACCAGAAGCGAAAAAAGGAAGAUAGUAAAAGCAACUAAGCUAGUUCAAGCGACUUAAGCAGUAGCACCCAUACAAGCACCAGCCAGCAGCAGCGGGCCCGAGAACGAAAAUUCUAAAUUUUACCAAGUGAUCUGAAUGUGUGUUGUGUCUCGUGUUUCAAAGAAUUAUAUUAUUCUCCUUUAAAAGUUAAUCGAUGUGCAGCACAAAGUGAAUAUCCAGCGCCGGAGAAGCAGUCAGUCAUCAUCAUACUAAGUCAGCCAGAGUCCAAAUAGUCAUUGCGAGGUCCGAUGUGACUUUCAAUCUAAGGAGAGCAACCGAGAGGGAGUUUGUGAGAGUUUAGAGUUUAGAAUUCAGUGAAGACGAAGUGCAACCAACAUAGCAAGCAACGAAGCUAUCGAAUCUCAACGCGGGUCCUGUCUGAGGAAGCAGCAACAUCAGACAUCAACGGAACGGAAAAGUAGAAGAGCAAGAAGCAAAAGUGCGGGAGGGAACAAAAAUCUCAGCGAAAAAUACGACCUCAAGCAGCAGCAUCCGAGAGUGGUGAGAUUUGCUGAAGACUCACCUUCUCCAGCAUCGCAAUCGUCGUCGUCGCCGCUGUUUAAACUGAGACCGAGAAGCGCAACAAUGCCACGCAACGGUGAAGCUUCCGGCUUGGAUAAGGGUUUCAGCAACAGCAAACCGACACCGGACUGGCUACAUCCGGACCAUGUCAUCAUGAACGAAGGUGUCACGUUCGAUGUGCGGUACAUUGGCUGUCUGGAAAUAAAGGCGUCCAUGAAAACGCUAGAUUUCGCCACGAGGUCACAAGUUGCAAAGGAAUGCAUCAACCGGGUAUGUGAAGCCGCUAGUCUCAAAUCGUCGAAGAAACGGCGCGUCGACAAACGCGUCCUCCAGUGCAUAUCGGACGCGCCGGACAUGGAGCACGCCGGCACCAACGUCACGCUGACCGUCUCGAGCAAGUACCUGUCGCUGGUCAGCGUGGACACGGGGGACGUGAUUGCGCAGCACGACAUGCCCCGGAUAUCGUUCGCCUCCGGUGGGGAUACGGACACGCUGGACUUUGUGGCGUACGUGGCCAAGGACAUGGAGGAGUGGCGGGCGUGCUAUGUGCUCGAGUGUGGCGGCGGCGUCGCCCAGGACCUCAUCGCGACCAUCGGGCAGGCCUUCGAGCUGCGGUACAAGGAGUUCUUCAACAAGCCGGAAACGCAAAACAAGUUCCGGGAGUUUGUGAAGACGGACAAGGAGUACUACAACGAUCUGCCGGACAAGAUGCCGCCGGAUCUGCUCACCGAGAACGGUCACUCCUCGCAGUCGCACAGUUCCUCGAGCGUGCGGACACGCGACAGGAUAUCGAGCAAUUUGAUAGAUCUGAACACACCACUUCCCAACCACGAUUACGUGAACGACAAACAUUCUAAUACCAACUCGCACAGCAAUAAGUCGAUAUCUUCCAGUUCCAUCGUGAAGGAUGUUUUUGAUAUGCAACCAUUUACAAUCUCGUCGGAGAUCCAGAAAUCUCAGCUGCUGACCGAGUCGUGGUACCACGGCAACAUCAGCCGCGCCCAGAGCGAGCACCUGCUCAAAAACGACGGCGACUUUCUGGUGCGCGAGUCGGCCGGCACGCCCGGCCAGUACGUGCUCACCGGCAUGCAGAACAACUCGCCCAAGCACCUGCUGCUGAUCGACCCCGAGGGAAUAGUACGAACCAAAGACCGAAUCUUCGAGAGCAUCAGCCACCUGAUCAACUACCACUGGACGAACUCGCUGCCGAUCAUCUCGGCGGAGAGUGCGCUGCUGCUGCGACAUCCGAUCCUCCGGACGACGGAUCUGCUGACAAAGGCCAAACAGCAGAAGGCCCAGCAGCAGCUGCAGCAGUCGCAGUCCCAGUCCCAGUCGCAGUCACAUUUGGGGCUCAACUGAGGGUGCGAGUGCCAGUGCUGUUCGCACGGCAGCCAAUCACCCGAGCGAAGUUUGCCCCAGCAGCAGCAUCAGAAUCUGCACGCGUGCUGUAGCAGUAGUGGCAGUAGUGGCCAUGGAGGUGGUGGCACCGGGUACCGGCACGGGAAAAAGUAAUGCCACGUGUAUUAUGUAAAAAAAGGUAAACACAAAACAAAGAACUGUAAAAUGGAAACUCUAUAGAUCCUAUAUUUUUUCUUUCUUUU